GAGUCGUCAAAUUACAAUACAAACACAAAAGUGGCUUUCAAAAGCGCAAACGGAAAGAAGAAUUUGACAAAUUAAUUAACAAAUUACCAAAAAUAGGAAGCUUCUUUAAAAAGAUGACACAGGAGGAGGGGGAGAUUGAGAAGGAGCAAGCGAGUGAAGCACCUGAUGUGAAGCACCUGAUGCGACCGUUGGUAGUAGCAGCGCCGUGGUUAAUGGUAGUCUGGAAAAUGCAGCUAUAAUGCAAUCAAGUGACUUGGUGUGGAAGAGCGAAAUGCACCAGAGGGCCCCUGACGUCACACCAAAUCCCCCUCUGGUCACGUGGUGUGGAGAUGAGCUGGAUUAAUGCAGCGGUAGGGAACAAACGGGACGGGACGGGAAACGGAAGCAAUACAGGAUUGAACUGCGACGGUGAGCUGUAGCAGCAAAAAAAUAAAAUCCAUCGAAUUAUAUAAAAACAAAUCUAUAAUAUAAAAUAAAGACACAUGCACUAGUCGUGCAGUUUUUGGACGGAAUGAUGAUGAUUUCGCCGUGGGACAGAUGGUACACGACCAGCUGCUGCCUGUGUUGUCAUGUACGGACGGGCACCAUUAUCCUGGGCAUCUGGUAUAUGCUCAUCAAUGCAGUGGUUUUGUUAAUCCUGCUGUCGGCUCUCAAUGACCCAGUCCAGUACCACUACCACCUCACCAGCUCCGAACUCGGCACGGAUUUGGACGUCAUGGACGAUGCAAACAUGUGUAUCGCUGCCGCAAUCUCAUUGCUGAUGAUUAUGAUUUGUGGAAUGGCAACCUAUGGUGCAUAUAAGCAACAUGCUGCAUGGAUCAUUCCUUUCUUCUGCUACCAGAUCUUUGACUUUGCUCUUAACACACUGGUAGCAAUAAGUGUUGUUGUUUACCCCAACACCAUACAGGACUAUCUUCAGCAGUUGCCUGGGACCUUUCCAUACAAAGAAGACUUGAUGUCCACAAACAACUUGUGCCUAGUAUUAGCAGUGCUUCUCUUUGUUGGAUGCAUCUUAGCCUUUAAGGCUUACCUUAUUGCCUGUGUCUGGAACUGCUACAGAUACGUCAGUGGAAGAAGCAUUACAGAGGUCCUGGUUUAUGUCACCACAAAUGACACUACAGUACUACUUCCACCCUAUGAAGAGGCGAUCGCCAUUCCACCGAAGGAUCCCCCUCCCCAGUACGUUUCGGCUUGAGAAUCGCACUGAUUUCUUAUUACGCUGCCCCCAAACCUUCUCCAAAGAAACAAUCUCUCGUCACAAUAGCCCAUUCCGUUGCCCCGGUCUCCUGUGUGUCGCUGUGUGAAGUAAUUCUCCUCUCUGGAGGCAGCAGUGUGACUUUGAGACGCCCUUCCCUCGACAAGGCUACCCAGCUGUCCUGGCAACCCAAUGCUGUGUCAGCUCCAAUCUGAUUUGCACUUUUGGCGAUUAUGUGUGGCACUGGCCUUUUUAAUACUGUGAACUUCUCAGUAGUGUUGUCGUCUACUGAUAUACCUGAGAUUUGAAUGCAGCGUGCAUGAUAAACACGGGAGUUACGUAGGAGCACUUUUCAAAUGGGAAUUACCUAGAAAUGUACUGAAUGUAAGAAGCCGGCAUUUUCACUUUAAUUUCUUUGUACUGUACGAAAUGAACAAAAUUUGAACUCUGGUUCAGAAUAUAACUAAAUUAGUUGGGAAAAAAAUAAUUAACAAGCAAUGCUACUCAAUUUUAUCUAACAAAGUGAAAUCUUUCAAGUCUUCCUUUAUACACAAUGCAAUAAUUUGUUAAUUUAGUCUUUUUUAACAAAUUUAUUACUAAUCAUUACUUAGAUGUUGCAAGGACCAGUUGUUCCUGCUGUGAACAGUUAUAAAGCUCUAUACAUUUAAUAUACGUGAUUACUCUGAUUUAGAUGAGAAGUCAAUUAGUUUAAUGAUUCUGUUCGCUUGCAAAAUGUUUGUGAUUUCCCCCCAAAAAAUUUGCGUGCGUUUGCGAAAUGUUUGCGUUCCCCUGAAAAAUGUUGCAUUUGCUUGCAAAAUGGUUGCGAUCUCCAAAAAAAAGUGCGUUCGCUUGCAAAAUGUUUGCGUUCUCAAACUUUGCUAAAAUCGAGAAACUCGUGAGGGCCAAAAAGGUUUUGGAAACGAACGCAAAGUUUAUUGGGAGAACACAAAACUCCUGUGAGAGAACGCAAAAGCAUUGAAACCUUUAGGGGCCCAGUCACACAUCAGAUAUGAUUAUGUGUACAGAAAUCUGGGUUAAGGUGCAGUUACAUUUACUGUUUCAAUAGGAAUCCACGCGAUUGUGAUGGCGAAAGAUUUCCUUCGCAGAUUUCGCAACAGAUUUAAAUUGGUAAUGCAAAUUUACCGCGUUGAUGAACAGAAAGUUACUUGUUUUCAAAGCGACUUCUGUGUGAGCUGUGUUUCAUGCAUCACUACACUAUUUGACAAUAGUCGAUUGACUUUUUGCUCAAAAAAUGUCAGUAAUGUGGCCACAUGUUUACAGUGAGGCAAUUAGAAUGGAAGUGAAUUGGGCCAUCCGUAAAUGUUAAAAAUAUUUCAAUGGUACACCUAAAAAAUAUGAUUUUAGUGUGAAAAAAAUGUGAUUAUAUCCGAUUUUACUACUUCUUUGCCAUGACAUGUAAUGCCUAAAUAGCUAAAUUGACUUUAAAACGAUUUAAACAUGCAUCUUAAACCGCUUAAAACACAGAAAUAUUAAUGCUUUCAUAAAAUUAGAAGCUUCACUUUUCUUCUUUAAAAUAAUCCAAAAAUGUUCCCCAUUCACUUCCAUUGUAAGUGCCUUGUUUUUUGUUUUUUUAGAAAUAUAUUUUGUGAUAAACAAUAUGCCGCAUAUUUCAAUUGAUCUAAACGUUCAUUGAACCAGGACAGUGCUCCAAUGAAUAAAUGAGAAUUAUGUGUAAGGAAAUAGAGAAGUAGGAUAACUUUUCUGUCAUUUUCACUAGGUUACAAUCUCAGACUGCAAUGUUUUUGCACAUAUGAAUAUUAUGUAUUCAUGUUAUUGUCUGUGAAUGGUGUUAAUCAGUAAUUGUGACAAAUUAAAAGUAAAUUACGUUACUGCCGCCAGUAGAUUAGCACCUAGCUCAGUUUAAGUAACAUGGCAUCUCCCCAGUCAUCUCCAAGCUUCUGUUAUUGGGAACAUUUUUCAUUUUUAUAUACAGUGGCUAUGCAAGGGUAUUUUGUAACGUGUAUCCAUAGCUGACAAUGAUUAAGUACUUACAUUUAAUCACCAUGUAACAAUAGGUAUAGAAGCAUUAAUGAACGUAUUAGAGAUUGAUACAUAUAACCAUUUCCUUUCAUUGUUCUAAGCGUAGACUUUCAUCUUCAUUUCAGCAUCUCAGAUUCAGCUUCAAGAAAGCAAUGUUUUUCGUGUCUCAAUUUUCAAAGUAUUCUGUGUAUUUGGAAUUUUUCUGUUGGUAUCAAUUGUGACCUGUACAUUUCAAUUAUUGUCAUCAUAUUCCUCAUGAAAAUGGAAUGGUUAUCAAUGAAUAUCACAAAAAUGAAUUCUCAUAAACCCAGAAUAAUGUUUGUCAGUAGGUAGAGUGGCUGUGAGUGUUUGUCUUUGUCUUGUUACACAUCUUGUAUUGGGUUGACACUGGCUUAUGUCUUAUUCAUAAACAAUAAAAUAUUACAGUAAUGCGUCAA